AUGUCAAAUUCAACAGCCUGGUCCCUCUCAGUUCUGUCUGACACAGAAAUCAUGGCCCAGUCAAUUAUCUUUAUUUUUGGUGGCUAUGAAACCACCAGCAGCACCCUUGCCUUUGCCCUGUAUUUACUGGAUACUCACCCUGAUAUCCAGAAGAAACUGCAGGAGGAGAUCGAUGUGGCUCUGCCCAAUAAGGCACCUCCCAGUUAUGAUAAAGUGAUGGAGAUGGAAUACCUCGACAUGGUGCUGAGUGAAACGCUCAGAUUAUACACAAUUUCUGACAGACUUGAGAGAGUCUGUAAACAAGAUAUGGAAAUGGGUGGUGUGUUUAUUCCCAAGGGGUCAGUAGUGAUGGUACCAAUUUUUUCUCUUCACCGUGACCCACAGUACUGGCCAGAGCCUGAAGAAUUCCGCCCUGAAAGGUUCAGCAAGGAGAACAAGGGCAGGAUCAAUCCUUAUGUAUACAUGCCCUUUGGGUAUGGACCCAGGAACUGCAUUGGUAUGAGGUUUGCUCUCAUGAACAUGAAACUUGCUCUCACUAAACUGCAGAAUUUCUCCUUCCAGCCUUGUAAGGAAACACAGAUUCCCUUGAAAUUACACAGAAAACCACUUCUUAAACCAGAAAAACUCAUUGUUCUAAAGGUUGUACCACGGGAUGUGCUCAUAACUGGAGCGUGA